UUAAUGAUUGCAAAAAUGUGUUUAAUAAAAAAAGUUCAUAAAAUAUCUUAAACAAUGAUUGUAAUUAAAUUACAAAGUGUAAUUUUAGGGGCAUAUGAUUAGAAAAAUAUAUGGAAUCAAAAUGGCACGUAGACGUAAAAGUGAAAUGAAAUCAUCUGUAAAGUCAUCCCUUAAGUAUGUACCUGUUCGAAAAUCUAGCAGACAAAUGGCCAAAAAGCAAUUAGAAGAGAAAAAAGUUAAUGGAGAUGUUUUACAAAUAUCUUACUCAAAUGACUCAGAAGAUAGAAAAAAUACUGCAGAAUACCAAAAUCAAGUUCUUCCAAAAAAGAAUCAAAAUUCUUUAAGGAAGUAUAACAAACAUAAGAGUGUUUCUAAUAGUAAUAUACUUGUAAUUAAUGAAGAGUGUUCAUAUUCAUCAUCACAAUAUAAGAAGGAUACUAGUGAAAGUGAUAGUCAAGAUGGAAUAGACAUUAUGAUUGAUCAAUCUGAAAAACUUAGUCCUGAGGAUGUUCAACAAGUAGUUGUUGGUAAUCCAAAUAAGGAAAUUGUAACUGAAUCUGAUUCUGCCGAAAUUGAAAUGUGGCCAGAAGAUGUGAUAGAAGAAACUAUAAUUUGUGAAGAGUUGGAAGUUAAAGAAGAUGUUAAAGAUAACAGUCUGAAACAAGAUGAUAAUAUGAUAGUAAAAGAGGUACUAAUUAUGAACAGCUCCUCUUUAGAAAGAAACAAUUUUGUAGAAUAUACUGUGAUACAAAACGAGAGUGGUAUGGAAUCUAUACUAAUGGAGUCUGAUUCUAGAAACACAUCUACUAACGAAUGUUGUUGUGAUACACAACAAGAUAUGUGUAAUUUACAUAAAACUAAACCAGAAGAUUCCAUAUCAGCCUUAUGUAUAGAUGUGCCAAUGACUUCUAAUGAUAAAAAUGACAAAUCAUCUAAUUUAGAAAAAUCAUAUAUUCAUAGUAAAAAUACAUUUGAUGAUCAAGAAGACUUAUACACAAAUAAAGAUAUGUGUACAAAAAGAUUACAAGAAAUUUUAUCUAAAGAUGAUGUGUUCUGCAAAAUAGACAACAAAUUAGCAGAUAUGCAAAUUAGUGAACCCUCAAAAGAAAUACAAAACUUAGUUAAUGAUUUAUCUAAUAUGGAAAACAUAAUGUCUCCAUUACAAAUUGCUGGUAACACAGAGAAAGUGAUACCAAUGAGUGUUGAUGAUGAAAGCAGUUCUUCAAUAUUAGAUAAAAUGGAACAGUUACAUCAGUCAAAUACUUCUGCUUUGUUGCUUGAUAAUACAGAUAAAAAUAUUACAGAAUUAAAUAAAUCUGAUUCCUGUAAUGAGAAAGUAGAAUUUACAAAUCAACAUUUACUAAAAUCAAAAGUUUUACAAGAUAAAAGGAAUGGAAAUCAACGUAAAACAGUAAACUCACAGCAGGUUAAUGAACAAUUAUAUGGUGAUAGUGAAGCUGAUAGUAAAAUUGAUGGAGAAGACACAAAACUUUCUAGUAGCAGUGAUAGCAGUAAUGAUACGUUAUUAUCUAUGACUAAUUGUAAACUAACAGAAUUUGAUACAAAGUGUAACAAUAAUUCAAAUGAUAUUGACAAAAAAGUUGAAUUUAGAAGUAGGAGUGGUAGUACUGAUACAACAGGUUCAGAAAGUGGAUCUAAUAGUUCUGGUGUAAGAAGAAGUAGUAGAAUUAGAUCCAUUGGUUUAAUGAAGCAAAGGUCUCGUGGACGUGGUUUAGUUACAAAACCUAAUAUAGAUGUUUCAAAAUCAAGUGUUCAGCAAGAACGAGAAAAAAUAGCCAAUAACACUAUUUUGAUUGCUCAAGAAAUAAAAAUAGAUAACCUACCUGAACCACAAUCAGAUAAAGAGAAUAAUGUCAGUAAGACAGUAAAUACAUUUGAUUCUCUUACAUCCCUAGCAACAACUUGUAAUACUGCAGGCUAUGAUUCUGAUUCCUCUAAACCUGUUAAAGUAAAAUCUCGUUGGCGAAGAUCAAGUGAACUUGAGAUGGGUGGAUCAAAUACAGGAACUGUAUCUACAUCAGCAGUUGGGUCUGCAUUUGGAACCAUAGCUACAAAUACAUUUGAAUCGGGUUCAUCUUCAACACUCAAGUCUACAACCGGAAUUAUAACAGAUGUUAGCUUUUCAGAUUCCACAUCUGGAUCUGCAUCAACAACUGCAUAUAUUCAAUCUAACAUAGAUAUAGAACAAGCAAAGGAGACAUCAGCUAACAAUAACAGUAUUGUACAAAUUCCAAAACUUGUUGGUGCAAAAAUCUCAUUACCUAUGGUUCCUGAAAUAAAAGACAGAGAAAUGGAAGAAAGGUUAAGCCAAUUUGAAUAUUUGCGUGAAAAUUUAUAUCUGACAGAAAGGUAUACAAAUAAAGAAACAAAACGAAUGGUGUGUGAUUGCUUUCUAACAGAAGAAGAAAUUGAAAGGGGUGAACUAGGUUGUGGGGAAGAUUGUCUCAAUAGACUUCUUAUGAUAGAAUGUGGACCUCGAUGUGUAGUAGGCGAUCGCUGCACAAAUAAAAGAUUUCAAAAUUGUGAAUAUGCAAAGUGUGAAGUAUUUAGAACAGAAAAAAAAGGAUUUGGCUUACGAGCUAUGGUUGAUUUAUUAGCGUAAGUAAUUUCAAAUAUAGUUGUAAUAAACAUAAUAAAAUUCUUUAUAAUAAUCGAUAAAAAUAAACAUUAUUAUUUUAUGGCAUUAAAAUCUGAUCAAAUUAUUGAUGCUACUAUGAAAGGAAAUGUUUCUCGAUUUAUAAAUCACAGUUGUGAUCCAAAUUCUGAAACACAGAAAUGGACAGUGAAUGGUGAAUUGAGAAUAGGCUUUUUUAAUAAAAAAUUUAUAUCUGCUGGUGAAGAGAUUACAUUUGACUAUCAUUUUCAACGUUAUGGUAAAGAGGCACAGAAAUGUUUCUGUGAAGCUCUUAACUGUCGUGGUUGGAUUGGCGAAACACCCGAAGAAGAAAAAGAAAAGAUUGAGAAAAAAGAGAAACGUGAGAAAGAUAUGAGAAAGAAGAAAGGUGAAAAGAAACAAGCUGAUUACAUGGAAGAUGAAGAUUUGGAGGAUGAAAUAGAUAAGUUAUGUUCAGGUGGUUUGAAAAAUAGAGCUCACACAUUGACAUUAAGUAGAUUAAUGGUACGUAGCAGGGAGUUAGAACACAGAACACGUCUUUUACGUCUUAUACAAAGUGGAGAACAGCCAUGUCGAAGAUUAUUUUUGGAUUACCAUGGUUUACGCUUAAUUUGGAGUUAUGUUAUGGAUAUUUCUACAAACGACUCUGAUGAAGCGCAACAAUUCCGGCUGGAAGUUUUGAAGACCCUAAAUACGCUUCCAAUUCCUAAUAAAACGAUGUUAAUGGAUAGCAAAAUUUACAAUGUAGUAGAAAAGUGGUCAAAACGAUUAUAUUUUUCUCUGAGUGGAGAUUCUCCAGAAGAUGAUCAAGGGAAAUUGAAAUCAAAUAAUGACGAAUUGCAAAUUAAUUAUGACAGUAGUGAAAAAAGAAGCUCCUAUCAAUUAACUGAUAUAGACAAACAAGAAAAUAGUAUAGAAACUACUGAAAUAAAACCUGACAAUGCAGAUCAAAAUCUUAUUCCUGAAUUAGCGUCAAGCCUGUUAUCUGAGUGGUCAAAUCUGAAGGAAGUUUUUCGUAUACCAAAAAAAGAAAGAAUUGAACAAAUGAAAGAACAUGAAAGAGAAGCAGAUCGUGGAUACAGAGAGGAAUUAGAAAAAGAGGAAAAAAGAGGAACAUCAUAUGACAGGCAUAGAUCUGAUAGAUAUGGAAGAAGUGAAACAGAGAAACGUGGGGAUAGAAGACGAGGACGCGAAUCUCCAGAAUCUGAACACAUUCGAACAAAAGAUAAGAGAAUAGAAGAGAGGAGUAGUUUAGUUCCAAUUCCACGAAUGACAAAAUAUGAACGUAGACAGUUAUUUGCCUUAAAAGUAGCUAAAGAAGAAGAAGAGCGACAACGUCGGCAGCAACAAGAAUCGUGGCAAGAUCACGAAACUAGAUGUAUAGCAUUAGGUAUAGACCCUCAUACCACAGCUAUGGUAGAUCCGCAAACAGGACAUCCUGUUUUCUAUAAUCCAUCGAUUGGGCAAUGGCAACAGUACCCUUCACAAGAUGGAGAAAUGAAUCAACAGUGUACGCCAGUAUAUGUAGGUGGACCACAGACAGUAUCAGGUCAUACACAACCUGGAAUGGUACCACAAAGCUCACAUGUCCUACCACCAUCAAUUUCUUCUGAGAUAUCACCUGGCAUGUCAAGUAGUAUACCUUCAGGUGUACCUCCAGUAGUAUACACAUUAAGUCAAACGCCUGUAUUUAAUCAAACAACAACAGCUUAUCCUUUACUAUCUCAUUGUCACCAACAAUAUCCUGAAGGUCAACUGCCACUUUCAAAUAAUUUAAUUCCUAGUGGAACAUCGGUUACACUUCAAACUCAGCCUCUAUAUGAGCAUAUUGAAAAGCAAUCAGAUCAACCGUUUCCUACAACAUUUAGACAGCCACAGCCUGAAGUACCUCCUAUAGAUUUACCACCUAAAUGGAAGAGUGCAACUGAUACUAGAGGCAGAACAUAUUAUUAUCACAUAAAAGAACGAAUAUCACAAUGGUUACCUCCCCCGCCAGAUCACAUUGGAGUUCAACCAGAUUCAUCAUCAACCUCAGAAUCUAGCGAAGAAUCUAGUUCAUCAAAUGAAGACGACGAAGAAAUCGAUGAAGAUAAUAACGAAGAUUCGAAAAACGAAGAAAUAAAUUUAAAUAGCACUUUAAUAGAAAAAUCCUUAAAUGGUACUAAGCAGAAUGUGGCUAAAAAAAGUGGAGUUCAUAAUAUAACUGGAAGUUCAGUACCUUUCCCAGAAGGCAAAAAAAGAAGAGAAGGUUUAGUUCAAGAAAGGAUUAUUAGUCCACGCCGAGAAGAAGAUCGUAUAGAUCAUAAAACGCACAAAGGAAUAAAAGAAAAAUUACGUCGUCAGAAAGAAAAAGCCAAAUUUAAAGAACACGUUGAAAAAAUACGAAGACAUCGCCGUAGUAACAAAUCUAAAUCACAUUCACGUCAUAGUUUGAAUAAAUUACAAUUACCUUCGACCGACCUUUCCACAAUGUCGGAACGAAAGAUCAAAGAUACUUUUAGGAUAAAUAUGGCAAAUGUCAUGGUACAUUUUUUGAAUCCAUAUAGGAAAAAUGAUUGUAAACAAGGUAGAAUAACCAAUACAGAAGAUUUUAAACAUCUUGCCAGAAAGCUUACACAUUUUGUACUUGCGAAAGAAUUAAAACAUUGUAAAAGCGUUGAUGAAUUACAAUGUAAUGAAAAUGUUAAACAUAAAGCUAAAGAUUUUGUACGUAAGUAUAUGAGUAAAUUCGGUGCAGUUUACCAGAAAAGUACAGACGAAGAUUAA